AUGGGUCAGUGUUUCCAGCAAAUGGUGACCGAGGAGGAAGACUUGCGUUGGGCCCAAUGGCGCUGGGCCAGUGUCUGUCAGCCAGGUGCCAGCCCCUGGUGCGCUGAAGCUCAGGCCCUUCCCAGCGCCCUGGCCUCCUGCACUGAGCUGUGUGAGCUCUUCCGCCCAGGCAGGGCCCUGGCGUUGACUGGCAUAGACGGUGAGCCUGGAGGAAGACUUGCCUUGGGUCCACUGUCCCCGGGCCAAUGUCCAUCAGCCAGGUGCCCAGUCCCUGGUGCGCUGAAGCUCGGCCCUCCCUGGCACUCUGCUCUCCUGCGCUGAGCUGUGGUGAGCACAUCCAGGUCCCGCUGGAUGUUUGUGUCGGGAGGGGGUUGCCCUGGGUUGGGUCAAUGAUGAGAACCUUAUAUUUUCUUGAAGAGAGGUGAUGACUUAAAAAUCAUGCUCAAUAGGAUUACACUGAGGCCCAGCCUAGGUGAGAUUUUUGGAAGAGGACACUGGGAUCCCCGGCAGGAGGGAUUUGGGGCUGGAGACCUGGAGAUCCUGAAGGGUAUCUGCAGGGGCCCAACCCUGCGUCUGCGCUUGUCUGUGAGGCAGCCCAGUUUCCCUGUGCGGGCUUGGUGUCAAUGCUCUGGUUCCCUGAGGCGGGGCACGUGGGUGACUCAUCCCUGAAGUCCCGUUCUCCCUUUGUGUC